AGUAUUGAAUAAAUAUGAAAUCAAAGUGAUCACUGCACUGGAAGUGCCAGUCAGCGUUUUGCAAUCACAAAUUAUGACGUAUUGUUCGAACUGCUUCAAAGAAAUCUCCAGUGAUGGGAACCGACUAUCCGUUACUGAAAAACCGCUAUUUAGCACCGUAACCGAAGACCAGGAAAUGUCCCGUUUCCUGUACCGUCUCACGCAAGAAAUAGUAACAUCCCGGAAUUUUUCCGAUGCCAACAUCACCCGAAUCUGUCGGAAACACUACCGCAACUCAACCUACCCAGACAAGGAACGACUCGUCAAAACAAUCAACGACCUCAAGCGCAAGCUAGAGGUACAACUAGGAGACUUGGAGCAUGGUUCAUCUGAGGCAUCCAGCAUUGAGAAGCGUCGCUGCAGUUGCAAGAAGCCGAAACGGGCUAGCCAGCAUGGGGUGGAGGAAAUUCAUCAAGAUAAAUGCAUCAGCGUACAGUCAUUCAACAAACAGCCGGGACUGAUGGUGAACCACGCUGUACAGAUGGAGGGAUCAUCACUCCACCAACAUUUUAGUCCUUUGGCUACGAAACAUUGCUCCGAUCCCUUCCAAAAGUGUCGCGACGAAAUCAGCUCAACCGAUUCCAUUAGUACCAUUACUACGUACAAUUUCUCUUCGCCGUUGUAUUCCGGCUCUCCCGUAGUUAACCCUCGUAAAUCGCUGGAGGAAACUCAAACGCUUAUCGGGCAGAUUCUGUCGAACCCGGAUCAGGACGAUCGGAUGGAAGACCUGAUGGACAGCUGUUGCGGUCGAACCAAGAAUUCGGCCGAUAGCUCCGCCGACAUGGUCAUGCGCAUGGCCGCUUCGGAUAGGGUAUUCCUCGGAAGAAACGACCCAAAGUGCCCUCUGCACCGGUGUGACGAAUUUGGACAAAGUUCUGCAGCAUGCGGGGCGGCACCGGGGGGUUGUGGCGGUGGAUGUGGAAGCGGCUUGCCUCUGCCCCGGCCCAAUACGGUGGAAGUGGAAUCGCCUCAGGCAACUUGUUGCGGAAAGCGGAAGAGUAAGAAAGCGGGAGCUAGGAAAGAUAGCACAUCCGGAAAACGAAAGAACGGGAAAAAGGAUAAAGGUUGUGAGCAAAAUCGAUGUGCAAAAAAAUAAAAUGUGUGAUUCGAUCAUAAGCUCGAAUGACGAUUU